GUAAAGUACCAGGGGCAUCGGAUUGAAGCGGAGAAGGAGGAGGAUAAUGUCGUUCUUUUCUAAGAUUUGGAAACUUAUUCGCCAUCCAACAGGAUUCGUUGGGAGAGAUCUGGAAGGAAACAUGUUCUUUGAGCGCCAUAACCCGUUGCCAGAGGCGCGUCGAACUAAAAGGACGGUCAAAUAUCGUAACCCUGAUGAUAUGUGGCUCUACAUCGGUGGCCCGAAGCGCUUACCAGUGCAAUGGUCAGCCUGGUUAUCGCAUACAAGACCUGAUCCUCCGACGAUUCAAGAACUGCAGACAGACCUUGCUCGCCAGGAAAGGGUGUCACGAAAUGCCGCACUAAUUGAGGCUCGAGACAGGGAGGAGCAUUUGAGAAUGUCUUACCCUGGUGCGAUUCCGUCUCAGACCGCUCAGCCCUUAGAUACACGGUCGGGGCAGUCUCAGUCGCCGUCGGAGCAUGGUGAGACUGAAAAGUCUGCGUCUUGGCCACCUUCUGUAGCAGCUCGAGAAGAGAUUGCAAAACCUUUACCUACGAUGCCAUCUCAGGAUAAAUAUGAGCCAGAGUCAUGGACUCCCAGGCCUCGCCUUCGAGGACAAUGAUGGUUAGGAACUCAAAGUGCAAAUUUAUCACUAUGUAAUUUUAUAAUGAGAAUUAUUAUCCAUUUACCUCAUCUCAA